GCGCCGACCGCGCCCGGCCUCGCACUUCCGGCAGGAGGUUCCCGGCCCGGAGCUCCGCGGGCGGAGGUCGCUGUAACUAUAUUACGAAGAGAGCGAGUGACAGAAUAGAACGUGUUUCAAUGUCAAACUGGACACCUGUGAGCCCUACAUCCGGGCAGCCAUGGCGAGGGGCAGCUUGGGCCACCAGCCACUUAGGUGAGGGUUCUGCCAGUGACUUCCCUGACCAUUCUGAAUCAUGGCAGCGAAGAGGACUCCUCUAGCCCAGAGCCCUUCUUGUUGAAAGUCGUGGCUGGCCCAGCUCUUUCACGGUGUCUUCAAGAGAGGUACCUGCCUGCCGACAGGAGCCGGUGUCAGCCCCGCGGAUGGGGAGGUGGGCCCUGGACGUGGCCUUUGUGUGGAAGGCGGUGCUGACCGUGGGGCUGGUCCUCCUCUACUACUGCUUCUCCAUCGGCAUCACCUUCUACAACAAAUGGCUGACCAAGAGCUUCCACUUCCCCCUCUUCAUGACGAUGCUGCACCUGGCCGUCAUCUUCCUCUUCUCCGCGCUGUCCAGGGCGCUGGUGCAGUGCUCCAGCCACAGGGCCCGCGUGGUGCUGAGCUGGACCGACUACCUCAGGAGAGUGGCUCCCACAGCACUAGCAACGGCACUUGACGUGGGCUUGUCCAACUGGAGCUUCCUCUACAUCACCGUCUCGCUGUACACAAUGACCAAAUCCUCAGCUGUCCUCUUCAUCCUGAUCUUCUCUCUGAUCUUCAAGCUGGAGGAGCUGCGUGCGGCCCUGGUCCUGGUGGUCCUCCUCAUCGCCGGGGGCCUCUUCAUGUUUACCUACAAGUCCACGCAGUUCAACCUGGAGGGCUUUGCCCUGGUGCUGGGGGCCUCCUUCAUCGGUGGCAUCCGCUGGACCCUCACCCAGAUGCUCCUGCAGAAGGCUGAGCUCGGCCUCCAGAACCCCAUCGACACCAUGUUCCACCUGCAGCCACUCAUGUUCCUGGGGCUCUUCCCUCUCUUUGCUGUGUUUGAAGGUCUCCACUUGUCCACCUCUGAGAAAAUCUUCCGUUUCCAGGACGCGGGGCUGCUCCUGCGGGUCCUUGGGAGCCUCUUCCUUGGAGGGAUUCUCGCCUUUGGUUUGGGCUUCUCUGAGUUCCUCCUGGUCUCCCGGACCUCCAGCCUCACCCUCUCCAUCGCUGGCAUCUUUAAGGAAGUCUGCACUCUGCUGUUGGCAGCUCAUCUGCUGGGUGAUCAGAUCAGCCUUCUGAACUGGCUGGGCUUUGCCCUCUGCCUCUCGGGAAUAUCCCUGCAUAUCGCCCUCAAAGCCCUGCAUUCCAAAGGUGACAGCCCAAAACCCCUGAAAGGGAUGGGCUCCAGCCCAGAUCUGGAGCUGCUGCUCCGGACCAGCCAGCAGGAUGAUGAGGACAACGAGGAAGAGAAGUACUUUGUGGCCCAGGGACAACAGUGACCAGCCACGUGGGAGCUGGCCACACCCCAGCCUGUGCCACUGCUGUGACGAGGCACCAUUCUGACACCGCUCAGAAGGGGUGGUCCUCCAGGGCAGUGGGGGAACAGUGGCCUGGGAGUUGCCUGGCAUGACCAUGUGGUGGUGCUAAGCCGAGCUCAUAGUUCCUGCCCUCCCUUCCGGAACUUGCUCAGAUGGGAGUUGGGGAGCCCUAGGCCAGCCUGGGCGCCUACUCUGUUGGGAUCACAGCAAGAGGAGGGACUGUUGGCCAGGUUGAGUCACCAGGUCACCCAGACUAAUUUGCAAGACAUAGUGACUUCACAAGGGGCUGGGUUCAGGCAGCAGGGCAGCUGGGAAGGGGACGUGGAGAGGCUGAGGCCCCGUCACCCACCUGGAUAGCGUCUUUCUCCAAGAGCACAUUUAUUUACGGUUUGGAAAUAAAUGGUUUACGGCCUACUAGCCACCCGCGUUGCCUGGAAGUGUGGGGGCAAGGAGGUGCCUUGCAGCCCAGCCUCUCCCCUUCUUUCCCUGCCUGGAGCCUUCAGAUGAGUGCUCGUAGUCGUGCGUCUCGGGCUCCUGUGUGAGCCACGGCAUCCGCCAUGGGGCCCUGCCACACCUGCAGGCAGGAAAUAAAAGAAUAUUUACCGAGAACUAUGUUCUGGAAACACCCA